AUGGAUGCUCUUUCCGUAACGACUACAACUGAGGUUAACAACUUGUCACCAAAUUUUAUAAAGUUAGAAUUAGAUCCGUCACAUCAGCCGACGUUAGUUUCAGAUAUCCUUGAAGAAAUCUUUUCGUUAAUUGCGGAAACGGAUUCAUGUUCGACAGCUUAUUAUUAUUAUGAUCAUGCAACUUUAAAGGAUUUAUAUUCUUGUACGUUAGUAAAUCGUCAGUGGUGUGCAAGCGCGGUAAGGAUAUUGUGGAAAAGACCUUUUAGCUCGUUUCAUAAUGGAGGGCAUAAAUUAAUCACAACGUAUUUAAGAGGGUUAGAUAUUGAGGAACGAAGGGAUUUGAAACUUAAAGGGAUAAAAUUGCCCACGGUUUCCCCGAUACCCAUGUUUAACUAUCCUUCAUUGAUACGUCACCUUGAUUACGGUGAGAUGUUAUAUGCCGUAGAAGUUUGGUGUUCAAAAUUACCACGGAGACGGUCAAAUGCUGUCAUAUCCGUCAUGAGGGUCUUAUUAAGGUUAUUACUACACAAUGCAGGUCCUUUAUCCUCGUUAAAACUCGCCAGUCUCGGAGAGGAUUAUCAUAAUGAAAGGGUGAUGAUUUUGGCCGAACCGGAGAUUAGAAGUUUAAUCACAUCGGUUAAACUGCUUUCUCUUGACGGAUUUGAUUAUAAUCAACACGGUUUACUGGUUAGGUUACCGGAUUUAUGUAAAAACAUCGAGUACUUGCAUCUUCGCGGUUGGUACGGGCAUCAUCCGCAGAACGAAGGCACGAUCACAUCAUUACAAAAGGAUGCCGCAGCAAUCUCGCUACGUCGGUUAAUCAAAGCGCAGAAAUCAUUAAUAUCAUUAGACAUGAUCGAUUGUAAAGCGUACCUUGGUCAUAUAAUAUCAGCCUUGGAUACGCAGUCAAUCUCAUUGAGGCAAAUGAAAUUUCGGUUGGUGGAUUUUAAAGAUUGCGGGCCAUGGGAUGGAUUGGCCACUUGUCACCGGUUAAAAAAAUUGGAAUUUUGGUUUUGUAAAGGGAUCACUCAAAAAAUGAUCAAUCCUUUAAUUCACGGCACCUUUCCUGAAUUGGAAGAGGUGAAGAUGUUGCAAUACGGAAAAUCUUGCGAGGAAUUCAGAAUUUGGAUAAAUAACAUGAAUGGUACCAUCAACAAGGAAGAAAUUUUGGAGGAUUCAACCGAUGAUAUAGCCGAGUCUCAGGAUGAAUCCUGA